AUGGCUUUGCUUGUCUUACUACGAGUGCUCAUUGGUAUAGAUCCCGCUCGCGCCCUCGGCCUCGAAGAAGGCGACGCCCAUGUGAUUCGCAACGCUGGUGGCAGAGUAUCUGAUGCUCUGCGUAGCAUUAUUAUUUCGCAGCAGCUUCUUGGCACCCGUGAGAUAGUCAUUGUACACCACACAAACUGUGGCAUGCUCACAUUCACCGACGAUGUGCUGCGCAACAAAGUCCGGGACGAGUUGCACCAGAAUGUCGACCAUAUCGCGUUCUUGCCAUUCAACGAUCUUGAGAAAAGUGUUCAAGAGGACGUCAAGCUCCUCAAGGAAAGUCCUCUUGUCCUGGACGUUCCUGUUACUGGUUAUAUUUAUGAAGUUGAGACUGGCAAGAUUGUCAAGAUUGAUAGCCAGUAA